AUGACGGUUAAAUAUCGCAAUAGCGGGGCACAGGCGGCUGCAUCCUUCGUACCUCUCGACAAGCACUUCCAGACGUUUGUCUCUCAAGCACGUGACCAUGUUCAAGAUGCAAUUGAUCCAUCAGCUAACGCCAUUGAUCUGACACUCGAUGACGUGCCUCAAAACUCGAAACGUCGCCGCUCGUUCUACGAGGAUUCUGACGACGACAAUAGUGCGAAUCGAGCGUCGAAGACGGCGUUGGAUUUGAUUCGACAGAGUCGUAAACGUUUCGUAGCAUCUACAAAGUCUUUUCAGGUGAAAAAACCAUCCGUAGAGACAUUAGGAGCUCCAUGUUACUAUUUAGACUCAGAUCAAGAGCCACAGGAUUUAUUGAUUCACGCAAACAAGAAGGUGUUUGGUAAUGAUUGUUUCCGACAGAAUCAACGACAAGUGAUAGAGACUACAAUGCGUGGUGAAGAUUGUUUUGUACUAAUGCCUACAGGAGGUGGAAAGAGUCUUUGCUAUCAAUUACCAGCUAUCUUGUCAAAAGGCGUGACAAUUGUAGUUUCACCACUACUGUCGCUUAUUCAAGAUCAAGUUACAGCUUUGGUUCAAAAUCCACACUGUGGAAUUCCAGCUGCAUUUUUGACAAGUCAAACAGUGUUAACACUUAAGAACGCUAUCACGGCAGAACUACGACGACCUGUACCUAGUGUCAAAUUACUCUAUUUGACACCUGAGAAAAUUGUCAAGUCAGACGAGAUGAUGAACUUGCUACAGAUUUUAUAUUGCAAUAAGGCACUUGCGAGGUUUGUAAUUGACGAAGCUCAUUGUGUCAGUCAAUGGGGACAUGACUUUCGUCCGGAAUACAGUCAGCUAGGAUUAUUGAAAAAGACUUUUCCAGACAUACCGCUUAUGGCAUUGACGGCUACUGCGCCACCUAAGGUCAUUCAAGGUGUGCAGCGUUCACUCCGUAUUUCAAAAGGGCUAGUGUUUUCAAUGAGCUUUAACAGACCGAAUCUUACAUUUGAAGUGCGCGACAAACCGCGUGUUAGCGACAAGAAGGCCAUGGAGGCUCUCUACGAGUUUAUUUCAACAACGUAUUCGCCCCACGAGGUAGGGAUUGUGUACUGCAUGACGAAGCAGGAUAGUGAAGAUGUGGCAAAUUAUCUGUUCGACCGUCAACUGAGUGCUGACUUUUACCACGCUGGUCAGUCCGCGACGGACCGACAUAUGGUGCAAGAAGCGUGGCAGAAUGGACAGCUUAGUAUCGUGUGUGCAACGAUUGCAUACGGGAUGGGCAUUAACAAGCCGGACGUUCGCUUCGUGAUCCACUUCUCGGUAGCCAAGUCCAUCGAAGGCUACUACCAAGAGGCUGGUCGCGCCGGGCGAGACGGCAAACCGUCGCAGUGUAUCUUAUUUUACAGUCCACGCGACGUGUCCAAAUUGCGCAGCAUCCUUUUUAUGCCUCAGAAGGGAAUGACUAAGAAAACGCGUGCUGUGCACAUGGAAAAACUCCGAUCCAUGGCCGAGUAUUGCGAGGACAAAACGACGUGCCGUCGUCAACUACUUAUGUCGUACUUUGGCCAAACGUUUCAGCGCUCGGAAUGCAAGCGAACGUGUGACAAUUGUCAAUGUGUUCAAGGCUCCAACCGUCUGACAUGCUAG